CACACAGAGCACCAAGUAUAACAAAAAGAUCAUUGAUUUGUGAAACUUCAGUGCUCUCUGCAAAAUUCUAUAAAUAACAGAACAAAAUGUCGGCGUGGACCAGCGCAGCAUUGGUUGCGGUGACUGCUGUAAUGGUAACUUGGUUACCCGGCUUCUUUCGACAGCAACCUCCUGUGAUCGUCGACGGGUUCGUUGCAAAAGGCUUUGAAGAGGUUGAGAAGGCUUUCAGGACAAACUAUGAGACACGUGUAGACCAGCGCGAAGGGGGUUCUGCCUUCUCUGUUUAUUACAAAGGAUUGAAGGUUGUGGAUCUAUGGGGAGGAUACGCUGACUAUGACAGUAGACAAGAAUGGAGACAGGAUACCAUGUCUGUUUUCUUCUCUUCAACGAAAGGAAUAGCAUCAAUCUGCAUCGCCAUGUUGGUUGACAGGGGUUUAUUAGACUAUGAUAAACCUGUAUCAGAAUACUGGCCAGAGUUUGCACAGAAGGGAAAAGGAAAGGUCACCGUCAGACAACUCAUGGAACAUAAGGCAGGCCUUCCGUUGGCUGCCCCACCAGGCUUGAACUUCGAACUCCUAAGCGACGUCGCCAAGGCAGGCAAAGUGAUGGCUUCGACCGAACCGUUGUGGGAUGUCGACGGGAAAACACACGGUUACCACGGCAUCACCUUUGGCCCUCUGACUAAUGAGCUUCUGAGGAGAGUCGACCCGAAGCACAGAACCAUGGGCCAGUUCUUUCGGGAAGAGCUAGCGGAGCCCUUCGGUCUAGAUUUUUACAUUGGCCUGCCCUUGGAGGAGAACUAUCGUACUGCAAGAGUGCUGGGAGGUGGUACAAACGUUAUAGCGUAUUUACUUCAAGGUUUGAGAAGCCCCGCAAACAGACAGAUCUUACUUCACAUGAUGAAAAACGACCUCUUCUUGCGCAUUAUUGAAAACUCGGGACUUGGAGAUGUAGCAGUUUUCAACAAUCCAUACAACAGACGAGUAGAAUUACCAUCUGCUCUCGGCAUUGGUACCGCAGAAUCUGUUGCCAAGUUGUUCGGUAUUCUUACCACGGGUGGUGUGGAUAGCCGGACGAACGAAACUCUUCUUUCACCGUCAACGAUUGGCAAACUCUUCACUUCUGACACACCCACCUUCGACGAAACGCUUGGCGUACCAAUUACAUUUAAUCUGGGUCUAAUUGCAGUUGACCUGGUUGAUGGAGAGAUGUUGUAUGGUCAUAACGGUGCAGGAGGUCAGUUAGCAUUUGCAGAUACCAAAAACCAGCUUGGAAUUGGAUUCGUGAGCAGUGCUUUGUCUCCCUAUUUCAUCCGUGACGAUCCAAGAACAGAUGCUCUGCUUGCUGCUCUAUACAAAUGCAUACAAUCAAUAGAGAAGACUUAAAAGACAUUAGAGUGAAGAAAGGAAUUCA